AUGUCAGAGUGCAGUAUUAACGAAAUCAAAGACAAAGAACAAGAAUUAGUCAAUAACAUAGAAAAAACAGAUAGCUCAAAUCAUCUGCCUAACACAUCAUGUCACAUUCAUCUAGAGAAAGAAGAUAUUCACAAAGAACACACGGAAGUAAUUGCAACAGACACAAAUACUAAUACAUCUCUUAAUACUCCAAAAACUCAACUAGGAAACACUUUGCCAUAUUAUAUAAGAGAAAAAAAUGACAAUUACAAAUUAGCUACAUUUAAGAUGCGAAGGAAAAUAAUUGUUAUUGCUGACCAACAAGGGCGAAAUAUUUGCAAAACUCUUCAAAAAUUAAUUGGCGAUAAUUUUCUUGUAACUUGUUAUUGGAAACCAGGAGCUAAAAUACAGGAAGUCUUACAAACAGAAAAGAACGAAAUAUGUAAACUUACAAAAAAUGAUUAUGUUGUUGUUCUGGGCGGCGUGAAUGAGAAUAAUCCAUAUGAAUUUGAAUUUUGUAUCAGGAGCUGGCUUUAUAGUGUAACAAAUACUAAUGUAAUAUUUACAGAAAUACCAUAUAAUAGAAAUUUAAACAUCGGCAAACUUAACUAUGUAGAAAAAAUUGGUGAAGGGACUUAUGGAGUGGUGUAUAAAGCAAGAGAUAGAAUAACUGGAAAAGAAAUUGCUUUGAAGAAAAUAAAACUUGAGAAUGAACCAGAAGGAGUGCCAUCAACAGCUCUACGUGAAAUAUCUGUGCUACGUGAUUUGAAUCAUCCGUCGGUUGUGCGUCUCCUUGAUGUAUUGCUUGCCGACACCAAACUUUUCCUUGUAUUUGAAUUCUUACACAUGGAUCUCAAACGUCUCAUGGAUCUCACAAAAGGGCCUCUACCUCUUGAUCUUGUUAAGAGCUACCUGCGGCAGCUGCUGGAGGGCAUUGCGUACUGCCACGGGCGGCGCGUACUGCACCGCGACCUCAAGCCGCAGAACCUGCUGGUGGACGCGGAGGGCCGCAUCAAGCUGGCUGACUUCGGGCUAGCGCGCGCCUUCGGCAUCCCCGUGCGGGCCUACACGCACGAGGUGGUCACGCUGUGGUACCGCGCGCCCGAGAUCCUGCUCGGCGCCAAGUUCUACUCCACCGCCGUCGACGUCUGGAGCCUCGCCUGCAUCUACGCCGAGAUGGCGAGCGGGCGCACGCUGUUCCCGGGCGACAGCGAGAUCGACCAGCUGUUUCGUGUGUUCCGCGCGCUGGGCACGCCGGGCGGCGCGCUGUGGGCGGGCGCGCGCCGCCUGCCGCCCGACUUCCGCGCGGACUUCCCGCGCUGGCCGCCGCGUGCCGCGCGCCUGCUGCUGCCCGAGCCGCUGCGCGCGCAGCCGCACGCUGCCGCGCUCUUCGAGGCCAUGCUGCGCUACGAGCCGGCCGAGCGCGUGGCGGCGCGUGCCGCGCUGCUCCACCCCUACCUGGCCGACGCGCGCCGCACGCCGCCCCCGCUGCCCGCCUUGCACCCCCCUGCCCUCUGCCUCCCCCUCUCCCUCCCCCGACCCCACACCGGCCACGUAGCGCUAUGCACCCGACCCCCGACACUCACCAGCGCUCACGCCGGCACUCAUCACGUAGCGCAUCCUGCUGCGCCUUGUAUAUACUCGCUUACAAAAUAA